UUCUAUCACCCAUCUCAUCCAGUAGGCUCUCAUCUUCUUAAACCCACGAGAGUUGUACAUUACGCAUAGAGAGUUGUACGUUACGCAUAAAAAAAGUUGUAAACCGGUUAUUGGUGUAAUGGAAGGGGGAGUGCAUCCGGCUGAUGCGUCGUCGUUUAAAGACUGUUUUUCGUUGGCAUGGAAGAACCCAUACGUUCUGCGUCUUGCUUUCUCUGCGGGUAUUGGUGGACUGCUUUUUGGCUAUGACACAGGAGUGAUAUCUGGGGCGCUGCUUUACAUCCGGGAUGACUUCGAGUCUGUGGAUAAGAAGACUGUAUUACAGGAAAGCAUUGUGAGCAUGGCAGUUGCUGGAGCAAUCAUCGGGGCCGCAUUCGGAGGGUGGCUAAAUGACCGUUUUGGGCGGAGAUUCGCUCUCCUAUUUGCAGAUUUUCUAUUCUUCAUUGGAGCCGUGCUCAUGGCGGCUGCACCCAACCCUAGUGUCCUCAUCAUGGGCCGUAUUUUCGUCGGGUUUGGCGUGGGAAUGGCAUCAAUGACCGCCCCGUUGUAUAUAUCGGAGGCCUCUCCGGCUAAGGUCCGAGGCGCUUUGGUCAGCACCAAUGGGUUCUUGAUCACUGGAGGCCAGUUUCUGUCUUACCUCAUCAAUUUAGCCUUCACAAAGGCACCGGGAACAUGGCGAUGGAUGCUUGGAGUUGCCGGGGUCCCGGCCCUCCUACAGUUUGUGCUCAUGCUUGCGCUUCCCGAGUCUCCCCGUUGGCUUUACCGCAAGGGAAGAGAGGCAGAGGCGAUAACGAUUCUAAGAAAGAUAUAUCCGGCGGAAGAUGUUGAAGCAGAAAUCGAAGCACUCAAGGACUCGGUCGAAAAAGAGCUUGAGGAAACCGGGUCAUCAGAAAAGAUCGACGUGAUCCAACUAAUGAAAACCAAAACCGUAAGAAGAGGCCUCGUAGCAGGGGUCGGGCUGCAGGUGUUCCAACAGUUUGUAGGAAUCAACACUGUAAUGUACUAUAGCCCAACCAUAGUUCAACUAGCCGGCAUUGCUUCAAACCAAACCGCGCUUCUCCUCUCACUCGUGACCGCAGGGCUCAAUGCCUUGGGUUCAGUUGUCAGCAUCUAUUUCAUUGAUCAAACGGGGCGAAAGAAGCUUUUGGUCCUCAGUUUAAUCGGUGUUAUACUCUCGUUAGGCCUUCUUUCGGCUGUGUUUCAAGAGACCACAACACAUUCACCGCCGGUUAGCAUGUCCCAAACCACUCACUUUAGUAACUUCACGUGUCCGGCUUUCGAGCACAGCAGAUCUUCGGCUAAUUGGGAUUGUAUGAAGUGCUUAAAGGGUUCUCAUUGUGGGUUCUGUGCUUCAUCUGUUGACAAGUUGCUGCCUGGUGCCUGUUUACUCUCUGAUAGCUCGGUUAAGAUCGCGGGUAAAACGGUUAAGGAAACGUGCCAGGGCGAAGGUCGAUUAUGGUACACUCGUGGCUGCCCAAGCAAACUCGGGUGGCUUGCAUUGGUCGGGCUAGCGCUCUACAUCAUAUUCUUCUCACCGGGCAUGGGCACGGUCCCAUGGAUAGUGAAUUCGGAGAUAUACCCGUUAAGAUUCCGAGGGGUAUGCGGUGGCAUAGCCGCAACCGCAAACUGGAUUUCAAAUCUUAUUGUAGCACAAUCGUUUUUAUCGUUAACCGAAGCCAUCGGGACAUCGUGGACUUUCCUCGGUUUUGGGGUGAUAUCGGUAGUGGCGUUGGUUUUUGUGCUGGUUUUCGUUCCCGAGACUAAGGGUUUGCCGAUCGAAGACAUCGAAAAGAUGUUGGAAGAAAGGGCAUUUCAGUUAAAAUUCUGGGUGAAAAGGCCUGAGGAUGUGAAGAAAAACUCUGAAGUUUGAGUGAUGGUGUGUGGAAGUGAUGCAUAUAGUAGUAGAUAGUUUGUUAUAGUUUGGCAAUUGGCACUUUGGUGCAUAUUUUGAUGGGAUUGUGUUAGGUGUCCCCAAUGAAUUAACACUAUGUUUUUAAUGGUUAUUCAUCGUAUGAGAUGCCUACUUUAAAAUACCUAUCAAUUAUUAUUAUAAAAAUAAAACAAUGGUUGAUGCUAA